CACUGUCCAAGUGGGGAACAGGAAGUUCCGGGUCGAAACGACAGAACUGUGCUGUUGUGUGGAUAGUGGUUGUGUCUGUUUCAAAUGUGUCAUUGUAGACCGACUCAGAUUAAGUCUGAGGCCGGUAACAUCAACAGUGAGGACAAACACUGCCUGCCUCUCUCCUUCCACACUGAGUAGAAACCUACAGUCACUGGGUCCUGAUUGUGACAGUGGAGCCCAGUUUGCACUGCAGGAUCCAGAGAUGGCAUCAGUGAAGCUGGAAGACUGCAGUCAAACACUGGAGCUGAAUGUCAACAUUAAAGAUGAAGAAGAAGAGGAGGAGAAGAUUAGGACAACUGUUAGUCAUGGAGACCAUGUUGAGACAUUCUCUACAUCCAGAGAGCAACAGCAGGAAGAUCAGAGAGCUAAGAGGUCUCAUCACUGCCCACAUUGUGAAGAGAUUUUCCCAUUUCUAUCAAAGCUAAAAAUACACCUAAAAAUACACACAGGAGAGAAGCCUUACUCCUGCUCUGGCUGUGGAAAACGUUUUAAAACAUCAACCCAGCUAAAAGUUCAUCAAAGAACACACACAUGUGAGAAGCCAUACUCCUGCUCUGACUGUGGAACUAGUUUCUCUCAACUUUCCCACUUAAAAUCACAUGAACGUAUACAUACAGGGGAGAAGCCUUAUUCCUGCUCUGACUGUGUAAAAUAUUUCAAAACAUCAACUGAGCUAAAAAUUCAUAGGAUAAAUCACACAGGAGAGAAGCCAUACUCCUGCUCUGACUGUGUAAAAUAUUUCAAAACAUCAACUCAGCUAAAGGUUCAUCAAAGAACACACACAGGAGAGAAGCCAUACUCCUGCUCUGGCUGUGGAAAACAUUUUAAAACAUCAACUCAGCUAAAAGUUCAUCAGAAGACUCACAUAGGAGAUAAGCCUUUCUUCUGCCCUGACUGUGGAACUAGUUUCUCUCAACUUUCCCACUUAAAGACACAUGAACGUCUACAUACAGGGGAGAAGCCAUAUUCCUGCUCUGACUGUGGAAAAUGUUUUAAAACAUCAAAUCAGCUAAAGGUUCAUCAAAGAACACACACAGGUGAGAAGCCAUACUCCUGCUCUGACUGUGGAAAAUGCUUCACAACAUCAACUGAUCUAAAAGAUCAUCAAAGAACACACACAGGAGAGAAGCCUUUCUUCUGCCCUGACUGUGGAACUAGUUUCUCUCAACUUUGCCACUUAAAAUCACAUGAACGUAUACAUACAGGGGAGAAGCCAUACUCCUGCUCUGACUGUGGAAAAUGUUUUAAAACAAUAAAUGAGCUAAAAAUUCACCAGAGAACACACACAGGAGAGAAGCCUUACUUCUGCUCUGACUGUGGGACUAGUUUCUCUCAACUUUCCCACUUAAAAUCACAUGAACGUAUACAUACAGGGGAGAAGCCAUACUCCUGCUCUGACUGUGGAAAAUGUUUAAAAACAUCAAACGAGCUAAAAGUUCAUCAGAGAGCACACACAGGAGAAAAGCCUUACUCCUGUUCUGACUGUGGAAAAUGCUUCACAAAAUCAACUCAUCUAAAAGUUCAUCAGAGAACACACACAGGAGAAAAGCCUUACUCCUGUUCUGACUGUGGUUUAAGUUUCUCUCGACUGUAUACCUUAAAAAAACAUGAACAUACACAUGGAGAGAAACCAUACUCCUACUCUGCCUCUGUAAAAUGCUUCAAAACAGUAACUGAGCUAAAAGUUCAUCAGAGAACACACUCAUGAGAGAAGCCUGCUUACGUCUGCUCUGACUUUUGUGUGAUUUUCUGUAAGUCAAACGUCUAGCUAAAGGUAGCUUGUUUGAAUCUCAUUCAGGAGGACUUGAGCAUUUCAGCUAAUUAGCAACUUUGCAACUACUUACUACUUUUUAACUAUGUUAGCAUGUUAGCUUAGCAUGCAACUACUUUGCAUGUUCGCUAACCUUUCCCCUAAACCCAUUUAACUCUACCUUAAACCCCUCACCCCUAACCUAGCUAACGUUAGCUAGGCAGGGGCUCAUGAAUGGGUGGGACUUGGGAGGGCAUAGGCCCACUUGCGAGCCAGGCCCAGCCAGUCAGAAUGAGUUUUUCCACACAAAAGGUUUUUUAUUACAGACAGAAAUACUACUCAGCCCCCCCAGACAAUCCUGCAGGUGAAGAGGUCCUGGGCUGCCAUGGUUACAUGUGAUCUGCAGUUGUGAGGCCGGUUGGAUGUACUGCCAAAUUCUCAAAAAGGACGUUAGAGGUGGCAGCUCUGGUGGACGUUCCUGCAGUCAUCAUGAGAAUUGCACAUUCCCUAAACUUGAGACAUCUGUGAUGUAGUGUGGCCUUUAUUUAGACUUAAAUGCUCACUAACAGGGAUAUUAUAUAUAUAACAUCUGGAACAUCUCUGGAAGUUUUUAUUUCAGCUCAUGAAACCAAUACUUUACAUGUUUUGUUUAUAUUUUAGUUCAGUUUAUAUUGGUAGGCCAAUGUCAUGUAACCUAACAUACUAAAUGGCGUGGAAUGGAUGUUUUUGUAUAAUAGAAUAAGUUUUGCUCUGAGACCAGGUUGUCCCUCUGCAGUAUUCUGUGGGAAGGAGCUAGUAGACACUUCUUAUAUUUUUUAUUGAACCUUUAUUUAAGUAGGCAAGUCAGUUAAGAACAAAUUCUUAUUUACAUUAAUGGCCUAGGAACAGUGGGUUAACUGCCUUGUUCAGAGGCAGAACAAUAGAUUUUUACCUUGUCAGCUCGGGGAUUUGAUCUAGUAACCUUUUGGUUACUGGCCCAACGCUCCAACCACGAGGCUACCUUCCACGCUUAACAUGAAUCAGAUAGAGAUGGUGUGAUUAUCACUUUUCACCAUUAGUUUGGGGGGAUUAUUUUAGAACUUUAUUUAAUGAUACACAGCUUAUGAAAUGAAUACAUGUGUUUAUUAAUAGUCUUUAAAACUAGAUUCGUUAUUUUAGUUACUGAUCAUGAAUGUGUUUGGGUAACUGCAUUGAAGCAAACUUUAUUGAUCUGCCAAUGAAAAAUAAAGAUACAUGAAUAUGUA